AUGGCCGAGGCCACCGAGACCGAGCGCCGGCCGAGCCUCGUCCACCGCGCCCACCGCAUCUCAAUCGAUGAGCACACGCCGCCGCCGUCGCCGGUGGCCCAUGCGACGCCCUACGACGCGCUCAAAGUGGCGCCCCACCGCUGGCGCCAGCACGUGCCCAUCGCCGUGUACCUCGUCGUCGUCGUCAGCGUGCUCACGACCCUCUUCUACUACAGCUUCUUCGCUGCCAAAGUCAAUGGCCAAGCGCCGGCCAUGAUGGGCUGCCGGUACUUUGGCUACUGGAAAGGACCGAACUGCGGCCUCCAUGGCAUCGACUGCCAGCCAUUUCAGACGGACUGGUUCGCCUUUCGGUGCCCCAGCGGCUGCCUAUCAGAUCAGUCGUCCGUGCUUGCGGUCAUUGGGUCGGGACCGUACCGCGGCGACUCGCGCAUCUGCAAGGCUGCGAUUCACGCCGGUGCCAUCAGGUCGGGCGGCGGUUGUGGCCUCAUGCGCUACGACGGCGAGCGCAUGAGCUUUGCAGCAUCGACCCAGCACGGCGUCACGACACAAGCGUUCCCAUCUUGGUUCCCCAAAACCAUGUCGUUUUACCUGGACGCCGCUUCGAUCUCGCACUGCGUCGACCUGUCCUGGUACAUCUUCAGCGUCGGUGCCGCCGCCACGCUCGGGCUUGCUUGGUUUCCAGCACUCUCGCCGUUGCUUCUCACGCACGUGCAGUGCAUUUGGGGCUUCAUCUACGUGACGCUCAUCGCGUCACCCACCAGCUUUGACUAUGAUACGCUGAGCCUCCAUCUCUUCACCGACAUUUGCAUCGUCGUCGUGGCCGUGCACUGCCUCUACCUCUGGGUCGCUCAGUAUACGUUUGCGAAGUACGCGUCGUACUCGCGCAAGGAACGAUUUGUGUACUGGGGCCUCUUGUCGGUCGUGCCCUUUCACCUGAUGCUGCACUUGACCCAGUUUGCGUUCCUCCCGUGGCUCAACAUCAACUUUGGGGGGUACAGGGCCACGCCAAGCGUGAACGUGUGGACAUACAUCGUCUUUGGGCUCGUUGGGCUCGUUGCUCUCGGCCUUGCGUUCCACCUGCUGCGGCACCUCUACCAGCAGAAAGCGCUCCUCUCUCUUCUCGCCUUGUACGUACUCGUGGCGAUCUACAUGGCCAUCGUCCAUGGCUUGUACCCGCACACGCUCUUGCAUCUCCACCACGUGCAGAUUGGUCUGCUCCUUCUGCCGGCCACGGCGUUUCCAACGCGAUCUGCCUUCUUUGUGCAGGCCAUCGGUCUCGGGCUCUUCAUUCAGGGGUAUGCGGCGUGGGGCUGGCCGACCUUUCUCGACACGCCUCCGGCGUCCUACUACCUCGACGCGCCCAUGACACCGCCAGACGUGCGCAACAUUUCGUCGUCGACCGCAAACAUCUCGUGGCCCGCGCUUGUCGACGUGCAGGGCUACGCACUCAUGCUCAACGACGUCCAAGUGUACCGCGGAGUCCGCAACUGGACGCUCGUCUCGGACCUCCGCCCCAACACGACGUACUUUGCCCGCGUCUCGGGUAUUGGCAACGGCGGCGCCGACGGCAGCAUGGGGCCAAUCGCCAACUUUACCACGGCCAUUUAGUUGAUACCUUG